ACAGACAGUGAUGGCUGAAAAACAUGAAAUCCAACCUACAAUCAGGAAUUUCUAGAAACCUUUCCAGUGCAUCCAGCCAAACAUUCUGGUCAUGUGGCAAAUAAUUGGUUUCACUUCACAUAUGUCCAUAGCUGUGGGAAGUAGGGCUAUAGUCCAUCAUGGCAUGUUCCACAUUUGUUCAAUUCCUCUAAGCUAUCAACCAUUAUUGGCACCCCUGAUAAAGAACACCUUCCUGUGGCCAUGCAUGAAUCUUAUCAGUCAUUACAGGGAUGAUGAUCAAUGGUCUUGGAGUUCUGUGAUUGUCUGUUUUUUAACUGAGCAGAGGAAUGUCUGGAGAAAACAAGUACAUUGGGAGUACAAACAGGCAGCAAAGAAGAGCAAAAGAAAAGAAGAAAAGAUUAAAAGAAAGAUUAAUCGUGAUCAGAAAUCAGGCACUGAGGUGGACAACUGUCAGCUCAGCAAGCGGGUCAUUAAAGCCAUUACCAGAGAUCGCAUGGCUAAAGCACUAGCCGCGGGACCAAAACUCUGUAUCGAUCUGAGCAUGACAGACUGCAUGUCACACAAGGAGAUAAGCCGACUUGCUGGUCAGAUCAGGAGACUGUACGGUUCAAACAGGAAGGCGCCCAGGCCGUUUCACCUGUUUCUGACAGACCUGAGGGAGGACAGCCAGCUGUACACAGAAUGUCUCCGGGUGAACGAUGGGUUUUUGCACUACAUGAUGGACAUGACGAAGGACAGCUGUCUUGACCUGUUUUCGCCGGAUGACAUCGUCUACCUCACUCCCGACGCCGAAGAAGCCUUGGAGAGCAUGGAUGCUGACCAUGUCUACGUCCUUGGUGGUCUUGUAGAUGAAAGCAUUAAGAAGAAAAUGAGCUAUCAGAGGGCCCAAGAGCUAAGGGUGCGCACAGCACGGCUACCUAUUGACGAAUACAUGGUGAAGAGAACCAACGACAAGAACUUCCACUCCAAAGUUCUAGCCAUUAACCAGGUGUUUGACAUCUUGCUGGGCUUCUUUGACACCGGCAGCUGGACCAAUGCGCUGGAUUUAUGGUUCCCACCGGGGAAAGGUUAUGUUGUAGCACCACACGUUUUGCGGUGUCAGUGCAGUGAUUGUCAGGUCGUUACUUUAGCAUAAUUCCCAAGAGCAUUCCUGGAUGAUGUUAUCCUUUGUUUAUUUUUGUAAUAGGGCCUUGUUUAAAGGUCAGCAUUAGCUGGAACAGGCGGACUGUAAUGCCGGUGUAAUUGACCAAUCGGAUUGAGUCACUUAUAAAAAUCAAGGUGUCACAGGUUUAUGUCUACAUGCCAUAUAGCAUACAACUUUUGUAGUAAUAAAGCUGAUUUUGACUUAAAAAAAAAAAACAUUGUCAUGUAAAUCUGUUUUGGAUUGAAUACUUUUUUCUUUUCUAGCAAGACCGCUAUCUUCGAGCCUUCACAUUAUUUGUCAACUACUUGUCUUGAAGUGAAACACAUUGCUCGCAUUGAUUUUGCAGUCUUGUCUGUCAUACCCAUCACAUAGAUACCAUGAAGACCGAUUGAACUCGACCAUAAAAAAUGGCACUGUCAUUAACCACCUCUUUGCCCCGCUAAAGCUAUUGAUAUUUCCGUUGCUAGUUUUCUAACCACACUAAAUGCUCAGUACUGUUAACACAAGGGCUGUUUAAUAGCAGCGCACAUUUGUAUAAUGGCCAAAAUGGCUAACAUGUUUGUCCCUUAAAGUGCUGCUAGUUGCCUUUAAUUACAUGCUACAUCACUGCCAUUGUAACUGAAAAUCAUCUGCACUGUUUUUGCACUUACCAGCAGAAAAUGUAACUAAUGUCCUAGCAAUGGUUAUUGGUCCCAUGUUUUCAAUGUGUUUGGUACCAUUAUACUCAUGUGUUUGGUCCAUUCCAGCCAUUACAAUUGGCCAGUCGUCCCUCUAAAAUAGAUUUUAUAAUGACCCGUGAGAGAUGCACAACGUUUGGAGAACUAAUCCUAUGUCAGGAAGGUACUGAACACGUAGUACACAAUGUUUGGAAAACUAAUCCUAUGUCAGGAAGGUGCUGGUAUACACUCAC